GGCGGCGGCGCGGGCGGGGCGGGGCGGGGCGGCCCGAUCACCUCAGCGGGAGCGGCCGCGGGGGACGCGCUCGCCGCCGCCGCAGGUGCUUCCUGCCUGCAGAUCCCGGCGAGCCCCCGAGGGCGGGCGAGCUCCGGGGCUCCCUCCGCCGCGGGGAGUCGGCGGGCGCGGCGGCGGCGGCUCCGGCACCACCUGUGGCGGCGGGAUGGCGGAGCUCGACAUCAGCCCGGCGGCCGUGCUGGGCUUCCUGCAGGAGCACGGCGGGCGGGUGCGCAACACCGAGCUGGUGAGCACCUUCCGGCCGCUGCUGGAGGCCGGCGGGGACGCGGCGGCGCGGGCGGAGCGGCGGGAGCGGUUCAAGGCGGCGGUGAACGCCGUGGCCGUGGUGAAGGAGCGCGACGGGGCCAAGUUCGUGGUCCUGCGGCGGGAGCUGCGCGCCGCCCCGCCGCCAGGGGGCGCGCUGGCGCCGGGGGGCGAUGGCGGCGGCGGCCCCGAGCGCGACCCCGCCGGGCGGCUCUCGCCGGUGCCCCCCGAGGAGCUGCCGUCCCCGCGGGCCGUGUCGGAGCUGCGGGGCCUCUUCCAGGGCGGGGGCGGCGGGGUGCCCCUGCCUGCCAGCGCGGGGGGCGCCCGGCGGGAGCCACUCUCCAAGCCCUGCAUGCUGCCGGUGCGCUGCGUGCCGCCCCCCACCGCCGCCGCCCCGGUGCCGCCGGAGGAGCCAGGCUCCCCAUUGUCACCCCCACCGGAGGAGGACGCCGGGUCCCGCUCGCCUGGCCUGCGGCGGGGGCCCAAGAACCACCGGGCCAGCGAGGAGCCGUCAGCGGUGCCGCUGGAGGAGGCCGAGCACCAGUGGCUGGUGCUGGCGGCCGGCGGGCAGUGGACGCAGCAGCUCCACGGGCUCCUGCUGGGUGACGCCAGCCUGGCCGCCCGCAGGGACUUCAUCUCGGGCUUCACUGCCCUGCACUGGGCUGCCAAGAGCGGCAACUGCGACAUGGUGACCAACAUCAUCCGGGCGGCCGAGAAAGGGGGCGCCCGCGUCAACGUGGACGCCAGGUCGCAUGGCGGCUACACGGCCCUGCACCUGGCCGCCAUCCACGGCCAGGAGAAGAUCAUCACCAUGCUGGUCUACAGCUACCACGCCAAGACCGACCUGAGGGACUACAGCGGGAAGAAGCCACACCAGUACCUGAAGGAAGGGGCCUCCUCUGCGGUGCGGCGCUUGCUGGGGGACCCCAGCCUUUCCCACAGCGCGGAGCCCUCUGUGCCCAUCAAGAAGUCCACAAAGCUUGCGGCUUCCAUCUUGAGCUCUACUAGCACUUUUCUGGGGGUCAUAUCGGAUGACAUGGCUUUCUACGAUCUCACCAAAGGCUUAAGGAAGCCCUCGUCCUUAAACAAGCUCCUGGCUGCCACUACGGGUCCCAGGAGGAAGCCAAAGACCAGGGGGGGUUUCCCUUCAUAUUCCUCCCUCUCUGAGGCGAUGGAGGAGGAGGAAGAGGAGGUCGUUGUGAAACGCAGACCCGUGUCUGAGCUGUUCUUUGGCCACUAGUCUCCGCCUUCUUGGCAUCAAAAUCAUUUAAUAACAUGAGUGGGGUCUCGAUUUUUCUCUCACGGAAGCAGCUUGGAUCUCUUCGCUCUGUGUGUAUCAUUUUGGAUGUUUAACUAAGUCAUUGAUGGGGUCUUGCCCAAAGGCUGCUGGGUGAAAGGCAGCUCAGACACCUGUGCAAAGGGAGCUGCCCAGGGAGCGUUACAAAUGCUGCGUCCUGCUGAUGGAUCGCCGGAGACCACAAACUUUAUACUUAAAGCUUGAAAAUCUGUAACAACCUCUGUGUCUGUAGACAGGUUAAAGUGCUUAAGGUACGGCCUUCUUGAUCUGUGUUCCUUGGCUGGAGGGCAAAAGUGGGGUAAAGAGUUGCAUAUUCUACACUGUGAACAGCAAGCUGGUAGCUGGCUACUUUAACAUGGCUUGUUAUAUAACGGGCUUAAAUUAUUAGAGGAGAGAUGCAUAGUUUUCUAUGAUGUUUCUGAUUAUUUUGGUAACAGAAGAGGAAUAUUUCUAUUAAAAAAAACAAGUGUACUUUUUCAAAACAAAGUUUCUCGCUAUCAGAAAUACUAUCAUAACAAUCUCAAUUAUUGCCUAAAGCAUUUUAUUAGAUAAACGGAUUUAAAACAUUUAAAAACCAACGCUCAGCACUCAAAUGACAGUGUCCUGUCUACCUCAGGUUGAAGCUAGGUUGGCAUUCUUAAUUUAUUCUUUUUCCUGAAAGACUUUUGACCAGCUGGUACUAACAACGUGUCUUGAUGAUACUGUGAACACUGAAACUUGACAACAGCUCCGUCACUUAAUCUGAAUAGAAACCUUGUUGAUAGUGAAAAACUGAACUGAAAAACUGGGAAUCGGAUCCUGCGGAGUUUCUGAGGAGCCACCUGGAAUCAAAGUUGAGUUUGUGUGUCUGAUUCUUCCUAUUUAAAACUUGGCCUUUGAUUUUGAUCUAUUUACAAUAAAUAUUUGUAAAAAUUGGGCGUA